AUGGAAUUCUUCAUCAAAUGGUUUGCUGUAGGGGUUUUGAUAGGAGCUGCAGUGUAUCUCGUUUCUAUUAUGCUAGCUAUUUGCUUUUGCUGUUUUUCAGACAGGAGUUGCAUCGACAUCCUAUUUCCGAAGGCGGCCCCCGCUCCUAUGGUGUUCGAUACAGUCACCGGCAACGAAGGAGCGGACGACGGCGGCUGCGCCAUCUGCCUCAGCGAGUACGCCGCCGGCGAGCGGCGCGCCACCAUCUCCGAAUGCAACCACCGGUUCCACGCUCUUUGUAUCGAGACAUGGUUCCAACACAAGUGCACUUGCCCUCUAUGUCGUCACGAUCUUGUUUGA